UGUUAAACGGUGUAAACGGUGUGAAACAAUGAUUGCUCCCCGUGGUUUAGCGUCAGCAACCUGUGUCCUAUCAUGGAUGGCACAGCUGAUGGUUAAGUAACUUCACUGCGAAGUUUCGCUGGAUUUCCAGUCUCUGGAAGAUGAGCACUGCUCCUCAAGUCCUCAGACAAGCAGAAGCUUUGAAGGCAACUGUGGCUGAUCCUAGCAAGAAUGUGUCUGAAGUUUGGGUAUCACGUCAAAAGCUGGAGGAUCUUUACAAGAAGCUGCUGAUAAUGGAUUUAGAAUAUGCUUUGGACAAGAAAGUGGAACAAGACCUGUGGAACCAUGCUUUCAAAAAUCAAAUUAACACCCUUCAAACUCAAGCUAAGGACAAUCAGGUGAGGAAUCCAAAAAGACUCGAAGUGCAAGCCAGCCUCAAUCUGUUCCUUGAAACAGCAAGUGGGUUCUACCUUCAGUUAUUACAGCUACUAUGUACGACCUUCAAGCUGGACCUGCCUUUCAGGCGGAAAUCUUCAGCUUACGGAAUUAUAAAAGAGAAAAAUCCUUUAAAAGCGAAAAUCACUCCUCCCAAAAAGAACUCCUGUUUCUACAUCUGUCAGCAUUGCCUUGUUCAUUUGGGAGAUAUCGCUCGUUACCGCCAAGAAGUGGAUCAAGCACAAACAUAUUACUGGCAUGCUGCUAAUUUAGUACCAUCAAAUGGUCAACCCUACAACCAGCUGGCCAUACUUGAGGCAGCCCGUGGUAACAAGCUGACCACAGUGUUUUAUUACAUCCGCAGUUUAGCAGUGAGGCAUCCCUUCCCUGUGGCUGCUACCAACCUUGAGAAGUUCUACAGCAAACUUGCCAAAGACUCGACUGACUUCAAAGGCAAGCUGUCGAUGAGUGAGCUUAUUGCGGCCUUUCUCCAGUUCCACGCCCUCAUACACCUCAAAGCUGACUAUGAACGUGCUGCUUGUCUCUCUGAGAAGUUACUCACCAGCCUCCCAGCUCACGUGACCUCACAAAGUUUCUCCACUCCCAUGCUCAUUCAAAUUAUUGCCAUCAACCUGUUUACUAUGCACCACGCCAAACGACAAAUGAACGAUGGUUUCUUCGACUCCAACAGCCAACCUGACAAGCAGGAAGAGGAAAGUAAAGUGGAGGAGAAGGGAUUUGAUAUGGCGUUCAAUUUUACAGUUUUACUUCUGGACAUAUUGCUACAUUAUACUCCCAAGCAAGAACAGAAACUUCGAGAUUUUUUCACUUUACCUGCUAUCAAGAUACUUUUGGACUGGUUGUGGUCAGAUCCAGUUUAUUUCAGUAAUAAUUUCCUGAAAUCUUCAAGUGUCUGGUCAAAUUUGUCUAAAUUGCUGAACAUGGUACAAGAACAACCAGUGAACGGAGAAUGUCUUGACCUCUCACAAUAUUUUGAUGUCCCCUUACCUGAAGAUUAUGAUCUAAGGUGCUUUCAACCAAUUGAAAAAGCACACAGUAAUUACAGCUUUGAUGCCGAAACUGUUCCGACCGAGAUAGAAAUACAACUCCGAGCUUUACGCUUGAUUAAUCAUGGCAAAUGGAUUGUUGAGAAAUGUUCAGAUCUGCGGCUCUUAUCAAUGCAAGUGAACAAGUCUGGCCGACUACACUUUCAGUUCCCUGGAGGUCAGCAACCAGUGACACAGUACAGGACAUUGUACAUCAACACCGCUGAUGGCAAAGAAAACAAAGGUGAUAUUGGUCAUUGUAAUGUUGACAAACAGUCAAGCAGACAGAAUGUUGCCAUCCAGGCAAUUAUCCAGAAGCAGAACCAAAUCACUGACAAAAACUCACCCGACAAAGAAGUAAAAAACAUUAAUAAGCAAUUGAUGAAAAUUCCAACCGAUAACCAGAGCAAAGUGUGCAACAUAAACCCUCACCGUUACUUACUUGGUGUUCCGACUACCGAUCCCCAGUUCAUGAAACCUGGUGGCAACCGCCCAGUCUCCAUAGCUCCCACGCCGCAGUCUGUAAGCAAAGCCAAUGUUGCCCCACACCCGACAGCUCCCUCCCCUCUACCUCUGGACCUUCUGCCCCCAUCUCCCACCCCGAACAGCGUCAACACGAACCAGUUUUCCUCAUCACUUCAGUAUAGAGGCCCGAGUCCAUCAUUUCCUUCCCACAUCGCUUUGUCUUCGGCAAACGUUCGGCUACAGCAACAGCAGCAACUGCAGCAGCAACAGCAGCAACAACAGCAGCAGCAGCAACUGCAUACUCAACAAGCUCCGCAGCAAUCCUACCCUUCCGUCAACCAGACUCAGUUUCCGAGAAGAGGUCCUUUCCUGCCACAUCAAACAACCCAACCGCCUCAAAUGCAAAGCGGGUUGAACGAACGCUACCCUGGCACCACCAGUCACCUGAACCGCAUUGCUCUCACUGCCGGAGCACAUUUACCCGCGCAAUCGCAGCCCCCUGAUAACUCACCGUACUCGAAUGCAACCGUGGUCAACUCGACCGCCCCGAACCCCUAUUCAACCGCAGGCAUAGUCAGAGCUCCACAGCCAGGUCCACCCCCGCCUCCACCCCAACAGACCCCUCUCUCUUCUACUGUUCAGUCUACUGCUGUCACUGGUCCAGCCCAAGUCCCCACACUGGCACAGAACUUCCCUUCCUCUCAGUCAUUCUUGCCGCCAUCAUCAAAGUUCCCUGCUGCAGUUCCCACUCAGUCUGCAAACAGUGGGGGACCCUUGAGUAAUCACCAGUUCCUGAAUUUUACAAACCAACCUUCUCCACCUGGGCCGCCUGCUCCUCCUCACUACCCACAGGCUUUCGGCCCUUCGGCUGGCGAAACCCUGAAAGGGCAGAAGUCGUCUAGCAGUAUGCAAUGCCAGAAGUCGACGCCAUCACCCAUUGGGGGUCCAUUGAGUGGACCUCAACAGAACCCUUCUCCACAGCAGCAGCAAGGUUUGGGGCAACCAGCAGCAACAUCAGCAGUAGCACAGAGUCAAGUGCACCCAGACACUCUAAACAAGUCAUUGCUGAACUCAUUGUCACAAAGUUUAGCCCUAUCUCUAGCUGAGGGUUGUUCUCCCACUGAGGACAUGGAACAUAGCGAGCUUCAACAACCGUGUGAUGACUUCACUACUGAUCCUUCAGACAUCUUGGGUGGUUUCUCUCAUUUAGUUGCUAUUCAGCCACCUAAACCCAGCCAGCUUGAUUUUCUAGCUUCUUCGAAACCCUUCCAAGGACACGCUGAAGGAGUUCCAAAACCUGACAGUCCCUUAGCAGCAUCAGAGAAAAGUUUACUUGGUACCGAAGGAGAAUGUCUGUCAGGUCCCAGUCAUGAAAUGAACUCACAACCUGGUACUUACUCCCUGUUUAGUUCCUCACCUUGGUCAGUCCAUAUCACUGCUGCCGGAGAUUCUAAGAGUCUGGGAUCAUCUCCGUUCUCAUCGCAAGCAAGUAGCAUCCGCAACUCACCGGAUCCUUUAUCCGAGACCUACUGCACCGAAUCCAGCAUGGUGACCCCGACUUUUGCCAGUGGCUUUGGUUUCUCCUUUUCAUCCGCCAACGACCACUGGGGUUCUUCACCACCUGCCCCUGCACCUCUUCAGUCUACUCCACCUAAUGCUGCUGCUGCUGCUGCCCCUCCUCCAGUGCCCGCAGGACCUCCUGGAGGAGCUACGUCGUCAUACUUAUUCCAGGGAAACCUCCAAUCUCUCUGGUCUGUUGCUGGUCCCUCACCACUGAAGAAGCUUCUGGAAGUUCAGAAACAACAACGUCAGAACGACCCCCAUUGAAAGUAAAUAUUGGCCAUUGCAGGACAAAGAUGCUGCUGUGUUUUGUACAACAAAAUUCUGGUGCUCCAGCUGGACUGCCACCCUUGUUGAAAAAAGAAAAAGGGAGAAGGCCACUCUGAGUUUCUCACUACCACUGGCCGCUGGUCAGGUUCAUUCCUCUAGUAGGACAAUGUCCUAUUUUGGAAGUUACCGCUACACAUUGGGAUGGAGAAGGCCGACCCAUGUCCACCUGCUUCCAGCCUAGCAUUGACCAAUAGUAUUUUUGGGGAUCAUUUUUAAGAAAAUAAAUGGAAAAAAAAAUGUAUAUCAUUAUAUAUAUAUAUAUAUAUAUAUAUAUAUGUAUAUAUAUAUAUAUGUACGUAUCUUUAAAUAUACAUAUAUAUAUGUGUAUAUAUAUAUAUAUAUAUAUAUAAAAACACACUUAUAAACAUAUCUAUUAUUGUGAAAAGUGAGGAAUUUUGAGCAUACAGAAGAAAACAAAACAAAAAAACAUUCUUGAAAUAUUUUGUGACGAUGAGGGAGGAUUGAGAGUGGAGGGGGGAGGGGGCAUUUUUUUUCCCAUUUUGCUUUUUUUUUCCCCUGCUUUUUUUUUUUUUUUUCUUGAAACAGAAAAGAUAUUCAAGAAGAAAUUCUGGUACAUUCUGUCUACUUUU